UUAGAAAUGAUUUGCGUCCCAUCGCAAUUCGCAAAGCAUAGCAUAGCAUAGCGUAGCGAAACCUCGACGGUCUUAAUUUCAGACGCAGGUUUGACCGCUUCCCUGAAACUGGAUUAACCGAUUUUCCCAGCGCAAUCCUGAAAUUAAUUGAGAUUUCCGCCGGGUUUAUGACCUCAAUACACCGCUUUCGGUUCUCUUCAUCUACCAUCGCCAUCGAAGAAGCUCCAGUUGAGAUCCCUCGUCCUGCAUCCAAAACCACGGGAUUCCUUCGCCGAAUUUGAGCUGCGCGAUCCGACGAGUUUUUCCUACAUAGCAUUUUAUCGUUGAGAUAUACAAAGCGUUGUUUGGAAUUGGAGAAUUCAUCCAGUGAUUUUGUUUGCGUCUUGGAUGAAACGUGAAUUCACGAGCUGAUUUGUUUUGUAUGUUGCUCGUUUAUUGGCCAUUUGCAGAGAAACAAUGAUCAGUGAAAUAGAUGUCGUGUACAUAAUUAUGGAUUACACCGGAGCUCGCUUAAUCCAGAAGCAAUGGAUUCAAAGGACCGCCUGAUUCUGGAUCAUCGUAUUGUCAAGUAAUGGCAACUUGAAGUUCUUCGAGUUCUUGUAGGAAGCAAUGAACAUAGUUAAGGGCGUAGCUGACUUGAUUCGGAGGACAUCCAGUGGCCAUAUUGGAGUGUCCGGUACAGGGUCACAAGCUAACAGUCCAUAUCCUCCGAGUCCAAAAAUACGAUUCAGUGAAGAUGGCGACGAGGCGAUUCUGAAUGAACUUUGGGUUAGAUAUGAGAAAGCUGUUGAUAAGGGGGAAAGAAGAAGGAUGUUUUAUGUUUUCUUGAAGCAAUUUAUUGUUGUAUACAAGAACUGGAAACCAAUAAAUGCUGGCUGGCUCCCAAAGGAUGCCUCAACUUCUGUUCAAACCAUGAACUCGUCUACUUUGGAUCAUACUGUUGUUGGCUGCUCCAGUGGACAUCCUUCCGAAAUCAUUUUAAAAUUAAUCGAAGAGGUCAAGCAAUUGACUUCUGUUGUAGUUGAAUGGAGGUCAACAGCAGACAUACUUGGAGCAUCAACUGGAUUAAAUUUAACUUCAGAAGGGUUUCUGAUCUUGGAUGCCCUGGCAAUAGUUAUGCGUUCGAUGCACAACUGUAAAAUUUUUGGGUACCAUAGUGGGAUUCAGAAGCUCACAGCAUUGAUGAAAGGGGCUGUUAUCCAACUUAAGACAAUAGCAGGCGAACUUUCUGGCGAUGAAGGUCUAUCGAAUAUUGUUGUGGAAAAUACGAGACUCCUACAACUCGUGUUAAUAAAUGUGGUGUCGAUAGUACACUCCUUUAUCGAUAUAGAUUCACUUCUAUGUGCGGAGGAUCAUUCUCUAAGCAUGAAUAUACCAUCUUGUGAAGAGAGAUUAAUGUGGCGUCAGAAGGCGGUUGUGUCAGUGAUGGAAGCUGGUGGAAUUAAUUGGUUAGUAGAGUUGUUACGCGUUACUAGAAGGCUGAAUAUCAAAGAACAAAAUAUCGACGUGGAGCUCCAAUGUUUGGCUAUAAAAAUUCUCUAUUCUGCAUUAUCCGAGAACCCACGGGGUCAAAAUCAUUUUAAAAGCAUUGGUGGACUUGAAGUCUUGUUAGAUGGCCUUGGACUUCCAUCCAAAAUCGUUUUAGCUCCGAAGGACCUGGCUGGUGCUGACCAGAAAAGAGACGAGAGCAGCUUUCUUAACAUUUUGCAGCUGCAUGUUCUUUCACUGGCAGUCCUUAGAGAGGCCGUCUUUGGGAAUUUAAACAACAUGCAAUUUUUGUGUGAAAAUGGGAGAAUCCAUAAAUUUGCAAAUAGCUUCUGUUCUCCAGCGUUCACGCUUCAAGAAGAAUUCAAACUGCAGAUUGGGGAGUUAUCUGGACAGCAAGAUUUUAGAUGGCCUAGUCUUGACUGUAAAUAUAAUGUUGCAGCACAAUCAGGAGAAUGUUCUGUUUUACCUUUAGCCAAUCUUACUCAUAUUCAAUCUUGGAAUGAAUAUGUUGUGAAGUUAUGCAGAGUACUUUGUUCUUUUCUUCUUGCUCCAGAUGAUGUUAAACCUCAUCAUCCUCAAGCAUCUUCUAUUCGAAUCAUGACACCGGUUUCAUUGGUCUACGGUGAUCUUUCAAUCAAAUGGGUCAUGAGGGUACUUGUAGCCGUGUUCCCCUGCAUUAAGGCUUGCUCUAAUCAAAACGAUUUGCCUGCCCACUUGAGGAUCCUUGCCAAUGCUUUGCAACACUCCGUCCUUGCUGCAUUUAGAAAGUUCCUUGUUUCUUCUCCGGUGUCUCUUGAAAUUUUUCGAGAAGAGGGGAUAUGGGAUCUUUUCUUCUCUGAGAACUUUUUCUAUUUUGGACCUGCUUUUGAGGAGUUUACCCUAGAAUCUUGGACAAAUAAUGAUGAUUUCUUGGAGAAACCUGAAACAUAUUAUGCUACUAGCUCAAACUGUCCACCAAAGGUUGACGGGGUCGAUAUGAUUCAAAUUGAAGUCAUUUCAUUUGUAGAGUUCGCUGCAACUUCUUGUGGAAGUGCACAUAAUUUACCUGAAUUAUCCGCUUUGUUAGACACCCUCGAACAGUCUGCUUGUAAUUCUGAGGUUGCCGUUGCUCUCUCUAAGAGCCUCCUCCGCAUAUUACAAAUUUCACCUGAGAGAACUGUUGCUUCAUUCAAGACAUUGAAUGCCAUUCCUCGGUUGCUUAAAGUUGCGUGUGUUCAAGCCCAGGAACAUAGAAGAUCUGGAAAUGCUAUUUCAUCUGAUAUUAAUUUUGUUGAAGGUAUUCAACCUCGAAGUAAUCAGGGACACGAUUCACGUGAGACAGCUCAAAGUUGUCUCACAUGCUUGGAAACCAUCAUGGAACUUUUCACAGAAUUUUCCUCAAAAGGAGAUGAUGCGCAAAAGUUGGUUCUGCUUAAUCCAACAUCAAUUGACUGUCUGUUUGAAUUAUUUUGGGAAGAAAGUUUGAGAAGCCGUGUACUUAAACACACACUUGUGCUCAUAAAGAUAAAAGCAAUUUCCGAGGAAGAUCAUAAGGCAAAACUGUAUAUUUGUACUAAAUAUCUUGAAACGUUUGCUCAAAUUAAAGAGCGGGAGAAAAGUUCAACAGAACUCUCUAUUGAUCUAUUGGUUGGAAUCAGGGAGAUGGUUCUGAAUGAUCCUCAGUACUACCAAGCUCUGUUUCGUGAUGGAGAGUGUUUUUUGCAUAUCGUCUCUUUGUUGAACGGUAAUGUCGACAAGGAAAUUGGAGAGAAGUUGGUUUUGAACGUCCUUCAAACUCUUACUUGUCUGCUUGCUAAAAAUGAAGUCUCAAAGGCUUCAUUUAGAGCUUUGGCUGGCAAAGGUUACCAGACAAUGCAAACUUUGCUCUUGGACUUCUGUCAAUGCCAUCCAAGUGGUGCACUCUUAGGUGUUCUACUCGAUAUGCUUGUUGAUGGAACUUUUGACUUAAAGUUGUGCCCUAUUAUACAGAACGAAGAUGUGAUCAUUCUUUAUCUGAGUGUUCUGCAGAAGAGCAGUGAGCCAUUGCAGCAUCAAGGGCUUAAUAUAUUCCAACAGCUUCUUCGGGAUUCUAUAUCCAAUCGAGCUUCUUGUGUGAGAGCAGGAAUGCUGAAUUUUCUUCUGGAUUGGUUUGGUCAAGAUAACAAUGAUGGCAUCAUUGUGAAAAUUGCUCAGUUAGUUCAAGUAAUAGGUGGUCAUAGUGUGUCUGGGAAGGAUAUCCGCAAAAUCUUUGCUUUGUUAAGGAGUGAGAAAGUUGGGAGACAGAAACGAUAUUGCUCGUUGUUGAUGGCCAGUAUUUUAUCGAUGCUAUCUGAGAAGGGACCAACCGCUUUUUUUGAUAUGAGCGGGAACAACUCUGGGAUCUUAAUUAAAACACCUGUUCAGUGGCCUCUCAAUAAAGGCUUUUCCUUUUCAUGUUGGCUUCGGGUAGAGAACUUCCCACAACAUGGAACAAUGGGUCUUUUCAGCUUCCUUACAGAAAAUGGAAGAGGCUGCUCGGCGGUGCUUGCAAAGGACAAGUUUAUUUACGAGUCUAUCAAUCUGAAGAGACAGAGCGUCCGGUUACAUGUUAAUAUAGUCAGAAAGAAGUGGCAUUUUCUUUGUAUAACCCAUAGUAUUGGAAGAGCAUUCUCUGGUGGUAGCUUAUUGAGGUGUUAUGUGGAUGGUGAUCUUAUUUCUUCUGAGAGAUGCAGAUACGCUAAAGUUAACGAACCACUAACAAAUUGCACGGUUGGAGCAAAAUUCAGUGCGUCUUUGAGUGAAGAAGUCGACACUAAGGAAUCUGUUGAAGCUGCAUUUCCGUUUCUUGGUCAGAUAGGUCCUGUUUAUUUAUUUAGUGAUGCUAUUUCUUCUGAGCAAGUGCAGGGUAUUCAUUCGCUUGGACCAAGCUAUAUGUAUUCAUUUCUUGACAAUGACAUUGCUACUUUCUCUGAAAAUCCAUUGCCUAGAGGAAUUCUUUAUGCUAAAGAGAGUUUGGCAUCGAAAAUGAUCUUCGGCCUUAACGCACAGGCAAGCAGUGGAAAAUCAUUAUUUAAUGUUGCUCUAACAUUAGAUCAAAUUUCGGAAAAGAAUUAUUUUGAAGCUAUUGCUAUGGUUGGCACAGAAUUAUGUUCAAGACGCUUACUACAGCGGAUUCUCUACUGUGUUGGAGGCGUCACUGUACUUUUUCCUCUAAUUUCUCAGUCUGACAGAUACGAAAGUGAAAAUAAUGGUCAGUUUUGUCAGAAUGUAAAUAUAGCUGGUACAAAGGAGUGUCUAACAGCUGAAGUUAUUGAACUUAUUGCUUGCGUCCUUGACGAGAACUUACCGAGUCAACAUCAGAUGCAUCUCCUUUCUGGUUUCUCCAUUCUGGGAUUUUUGCUGCAAUCGGUUAAUCCGCAGCAGCUUAAUAUGGAAACUCUUGCAGCUUUAAAACAUCUUUUCAACGUCAUUGCAAACUGUGGCUUUUCUGAGCUGCUCAUUCAAGAUGCUUUGUCUAGCAUAUUUCUUAAUCUCUCAAUCUGGAUCUACUCGCCUUAUGAGGUGCAGCGUGAAUUAUACUUGUUUCUCAUUCAGCAGUUCGAUAACGAGCCCAGGCUACUCAAGAAUCUUUGCCGCCUCCCACUUAUUCUCAAUAUGAUUCGUAAGUUUUACUGUGACAAAGCUAAAUUAAAACUUGCUUCUGGAAGCAAGACUUCUCUGCAUCCACCUGGUGGAGUUCUUGGGCCUACUAGGGAUGAAAUACGGAAAAUUCGUCUUCUUUUACUAAGCCUUGGGGAAAUGAGCAUUCGGCAAAAUAUUGUAGCAAUUGAUAUAAAAGCUCUUAUUGCUUUUUUCGAAAGAAGUCAGGAUGUGACGUGCAUCGAGGAUGUUUUGCAUAUGGUAAUUCGAGCUAUAUCUCAAAAGACAGUUCUUGCUUCUUUCCACGAGCAAGUUAGUUUCAUUGGUGGUUGUCCCGUUUUUAUCAAUCUUCUUCAGAGGGAAUUCGAACCUAUCAGAUUGCUUAGUUUGCAGUUCCUUGGUAGACUUUUGGUUGAUCUUCCUUCUGAGAAGAAAGGAUUAAGAUUUUUCAAUCUCCCAAGUGGAAAACCUAAACCAAUUUCUGAUAGCCAUAAGAAAACUAGUUCAAGGAUGCAACCGCUAUUCUCAGCUAUUUCUGAUAGGUUGUUUCGGUUCCCACCGACAGACAAUUUAUGUGCUGCAUUGUUCGAUGUUCUUCUAGGCGGUGCAAGUCCCAAACAGGUAUUGCAGAAACAAAAUCAGUCUGAUGUACAAAAGAACAAAUCUCUUGGAUCUCAUUUUGCUGUUCCACAGAGUUUAGUUCUUAUUUUCAAGUUCCUAUGUAGCUGUGAGGAAAUCUCUUCAAGACUAAAAAUAAUCACAGAUCUUCUUGAUCUUCUCGACACAUAUCCUUCAAAUAUUGAAGCGUUUAUGGAAUAUGGGUGGAAUGCUUUGUUGACAGCCUCUGUAAAGCUUGAUGCUUUGCAGCAAUACAGAGUUGAGUCCGUCGGUCGAGUUGACAAUAAAAUAAAUGAGCAGAGCAGUAUAAGGAAACUAUUUUGUGUUGUUCUUUUGCAUUACAUAUCGUCCGUGAAGGGUGGCUGGCAACAAUUAGAAGAAACAACAACCUUCUUAAUUAUGCAGUCUGAGAAAGGCCAAGUCUCCUUUAAAUACUUUCUUCGUGAUAUGUACGAGGAUCUGAUUCAAAUGUUAGUGGAUUUAUCUUCUGGGGAGAAUAUAUUUGUUACACAACCGUGUCGAGAUAAUACACUAUACCUUUUAAGGCUUGUUGAUGACAUGCUUAUAGAUGAACUCGACCAUCAGUUACCGAUUCUAGCGAAUGUCUUUGAUGUCUCUCCCGAAUCCAUGGAACUGGAGCUUCACAUCUCUGCCUUACAUGAUGUUUUGCAAGGAGAAUCUGAUGACCAGACAGCAAGAUAUGCACAACAUCAAAUGGACGUUAAAGAGGACAAGAUGGAUGAAAAAUGGUGGCGUCUUUACGAUAAAUUGUGGAUUAUUAUUAGUGAGAUAAAUGGCAAGGGACCGAACAAAUCUUUGCCGAAAUCAUCAGCUGGAGGUCCUACAUUUGGUCAAAGGGCCCGUGGUUUAGUAGAGUCACUCAACCUUCCUGCUGCAGAGAUGGCUGCAGUUGUUGUAUCAGGAGGCAUAGGCAGUGCAUUGGGAGGAAAACCAAACAAAAUUGUCGAUAAGGCCAUGCUUUUGCGCUCGGAGAAGUUCCCAAGAAUUAUUUUUCGACUUGUCAUGCUUUACAUUUGCAAGGCUCCUCUAGAAAAAGCGUCGCGAUGUGUGCAGCAGAUUAUUUCACUUUUACCUUCUCUUGUGGUUACUGAUGAUGAGCAAAACAAAAAUAGGUUGCUGCUGUUCAUCUGGUCUUUGCUUGCUGUUAGGUCACAGUACAGAACGUUAAAUACCGAUGCUCGCAUUCAUGUCAUAUCGCAUUUGAUUCGAGAAACUGUAAGCUGUUGCAAAUCAAUACUUGCCAACAGUAUGAUAAGCACAGACGAUUCUUCGGAUAAUGGUGCUUUUCUUAAAGAAGCUGGGUACAUUCACAACCUGAUACAAAUAGAACGAGUUACUGCAGCUAUAGCUGAUGAAGUAAACUAUAUGAAGUCGUCGAAAAUUGACCAUCAGAAGCAGUUGCAUGAACUAAGACUUAGAAUGGAAGAAAGCUUAUCUAACGAGUCGAUCAACCAGAAGGUUUUUGAAGAGGAGAUGCAAAGUAGUCUGACUUCCAUUUUGAUUGCAGACGACAAUAGAAAGGCUGCAUUCCAGCUUGCUUAUGAGGAAGUGCAGCAAAAUAUCGCAGAAAAGUGGAUGCACAUGUUUCGUGCUUUGAUUGAUGAGCGAGGCCCGUGGUCUGCUAAUUCUUCUCCAAAUAUAUCUUCAACACAUUGGAAGCUCGACAAGACGGAAGAUAUGUGGCGACGAAGACCCAAACUAAGAAAGAAUUAUCACUUUGAUGAAAAGUUGUGUCAUCCCCCAUCAAUUUCUCCUAACGACGACAUUAAUAAUGCUGAAAAUGUAAAAAAAUCUAGUAUUGUCGGGCACAUGCCGGAGCAAAUGAAAAGAUUUUUGCUGAAAGGUGCUAUGAAGAUAACUGAUGAAGGAAACUCAGAGCCCAUUGAGAAUGAUGUUGAACCAUGUGAACCAAAUGCUUCUAAUCUCAAGGAUUCUUCGGAUGGUCAGUACCUAGAGCAAGUCAAAGAUGUCGGUGAAUGGAAAGAUAUUGUACAGGACAGAAAAGAUACUUUAUUUUCUCCGGUGACAGAAGAAAGCGAGGUUCUCACGUCAACUCCAUGUGUACUUGUGACAUCCAAAAGAAAAUUAGCUGGAUAUUUGGCUGUAAUGAAAAAUGCUUUGCAUUUCUUUGGGGAGUUUUUGGUCGAAGGUACUGGGGGAGCAUCCACCUUUAAGAACUUCGAAGCUCUUAAAAGUUCGGAUUUGACUAAGCUCGAUCAAAAGCCGAAGUCCCUAAAGUGGCCUCUAUAUUUACAAUUGGAUUCCACAAAGGGUACAGUAGUUGAUGAUGUGGAAGUGAUGAACGACGAUGGCAAUUUAAAACGACCGCUAAAAAAUUUCAGACGUCAUAGGAGAUGGAACAUUGGAAAGAUAAAAGGAGUUCACUGGACUCGAUAUUUGCUUAGAUACACUGCGAUAGAGAUCUUCUUCAGCGAUUCCGUUCCACCAGUCUUUUUAAAUUUCGACUCACCAAAAGGUGCCAAAGAUAUUGGGACUCUGAUCGUGUCUAGUAGAAAUGACUAUUUGUUUCCUAAAGGCAGUAGUCGAAAUCAAAGUGGAGUUAUUUCUUUCGUUGAUAGACGUGUUGCCCUCGAGAUGGCAGAAACUGCUCGAGAGAGUUGGAAGAGGAGGGAUAUUACAAACUUCGAGUAUCUAAUGAUUCUCAAUACCCUUUCUGGAAGAUCUUAUAACGAUUUAACUCAGUAUCCAGUGUUUCCCUGGGUUCUGGCGGAUUACUCCUCCGAGGUUCUUGAUUUUAAUAAGUCAUCAACUUUUCGUGAUCUUUCGAAGCCUGUUGGAGCAUUAAAUCCGAAACGUUUUGAGGUAUUUGAAGAUAGAUAUCGUAACUUUUGUGAUCCCGACAUACCAAGUUUUUAUUAUGGAUCUCAUUACUCAAGCAUGGGAAUUGUUCUCUACUAUCUUUUACGCUUGGAGCCAUUUACUUCUCUUCACCGGAAUUUGCAAGGGGGUAAAUUUGAUCACGCAGAUCGACUUUUUCAAAGCAUCGAGGCGACAUAUAGAAAUUGCUUGUCCAAUACAAGUGAUGUGAAGGAGUUGAUACCUGAGUUCUUUUACAUGCCAGAGUUUCUCUGCAAUUCAAAUCAUUAUCACUUGGGGGUUAAACAAGAUGGUGAACCCUUAGGUGAUGUAGUCCUCCCUCCUUGGGCCAAGGGCUCACCUGAAGUAUUUAUAAGUAAAAACAGGGAAGCACUUGAAAGUGAGUAUGUUAGUUCAAAUCUACAUCACUGGAUAGAUCUGGUUUUUGGUUAUAAGCAGCGCGGAAAACCAGCCGUGGAGGCUGCAAAUGUCUUUUAUUAUCUGACUUAUGAAGGUGCUGCUGAUCUUGGCACUAUGGAAGACGAUUUUCAACGAUCAGCGAUUGAAGAUCAAAUUGCCAACUUUGGCCAAACGCCAAUCCAGAUCUUUCGUAAAAAACAUCCAAGAAGAGGGCCACCAAUACCUAUAGCACACCCGUUACAUUUUGCUCCGGGUUCCAUUAAUUUAACGUCCAUUAUUUCAUGUUCCACUCAUCGUCCCUCGGCCAUAUUACACAUUAGUAUGUUAGACACGCAUAUUGUCCUUGUGAGCCAGGGGCUAGUUCUGACUGUUAAGAUGUGGUUGACCACUCAGUUACAGUAUGGUGGAAAUUUUACGUUCUCUGGGUCUCAGGAACCUUUUUUUGGAGUGGGUUCGGAUAUUCUUUCUCCUCGUAAAAUCGGGAGCCCUCUAGCUGAAAAUUUUGAACUUGGAGGACAAUGCUUCGCUACCAUGCCAACACCCGCCGAGAACUUUCUGGUUUCUUGUGGGAAUUGGGAUAAUAGUUUUCAUAUUAUUUCCCUGACUGAUGGCAGGUUGUUACAGAGCAUCCGACAGCAUAGUGAUGUGGUUAGCUGUGCAGCAGUGACAUCGGAUGGAAGCAUUCUUGCUACGGGAAGUUACGACACUACAGUUAUGGUGUGGAAUGUUCUUCGUGGUAGGUUCUCCGAAAAAAAAGCACGCAACACACAAUCCGAGCCACCUCGAAAAGACAAUGUCAUUGCAGAGACUCCAUUCCAUGUUCUCUGUGGGCAUGACGACAUAAUUACGUGCUUAUAUGUUAGUGUGGAGCUAGACAUAGUUAUCAGUGGUUCAAAAGACGGGACUUGCAUUUUUCAUACUCUUCGUGAGGGACGAUACAUAAGAUCUUUGCAUCAUCCAUCUGGUUGUGGAUUGUCAAAGCUCGUGGCUUCUCGGCAUGGCAGAGUCGUGUUUUAUGCUGAUGAUGAUCUUAGUUUGCAUCUCUAUUCAAUAAAUGGUAAACAUUUGGCUGCUUCGGAAUCCAAUGGCCGCCUCAACUGUGUCCAACUCAGCCAAUGUGGCGAGUUUUUGGUUUGUGCUGGUGAUCAUGGCCAGAUAGUUGUCCGCUCCAUGAACUCGCUCGAGGUUAUAAGUAGGUACAAUGGAAUUGGAAAAGUAAUCGUGUCUCUAACUGUUACCACCGAAGAAUGCUUCCUUGCUGGAACAAAAGAUGGAAGUCUUCUUGUAUAUUCGAUCGAGAAUCCUCAGCUACGAAAAGCUAGCCCGUCUCGAAAUACCAAAACUAAACCUUCUGCUGUGUGAUAGAACCUCUCUCAGUAGAUAUGGGAUUCUGACAUGCUGCUCUAUUGCCCCAGAGCAUUUUGCAGUAACCAUGACUUUGGAGUUAUGAUCUGUUUCAAUUUUUUGAAGUACUCCAUGUCUGAGGAUCUGGAAGGAUGUUCUUGCUGAUAGCUCGAACAGCUUAACGUAUCCGAGCUUAUAUUGCUUCAAAUACGACACAGGAUAGUCCCGACGCAAUUUUUUCUCUACACCAUGAGAUUUCUACUUGAUCAUCUCUUAUACAAAUCUAAUUAUCUUCAUCUUGGGGAAAUGUAUAGACAGUGGAGGAGCUGAAACUUGUAUAUAAUCGGUAGACUAAAUGUCCAUUAUCAGUUGGUGCACCUCAGUUUGCCUUCAUCCUUUGAGGCCUUGAACUUAAAGAACAUCUUUUCAAUAGGUUUAGUGCUUAUUUAAACUGUUCAUAUCAAUUUGUAUAUUUUACUCAUCUUGUUGAUUUAGUAAUACUUAAGCUUUUAGCUGCUCCAUGUCAUGCUAAUCGUUUAUUGAAACGUCCUCGAGAUAAGUUAAGUUGUAUCUGUCAACCGUACUAAAUUUAAUUUCAAUAUCUAGUAUGGCUCUA